AUGGUGUCAUCGUCGUCGUCAUCCAGGGCCGCCGACAUGUCAUCCACUGCGUCUUCCUCGCGUCCUUCUGCGGCCAGCACGGCGGCGUCGACACCGUGGACAUCACCCACGUCGACCUCGUCGCCCAAGAUGCGCACCAGCGGCAGCAACCACCUGCAGCCGCCGCAUACGUGGGGUGCCAGCACGGGCAGACGGUCUAGACAGCACUCGUCGGCGGCUGACGAGCCCGACAGGCCGCUUCAAUUUCCCAGCAUGGGCGGCGGCAGCAGCAGUGGCAACCUCAAUGCAGGCAACGGCAGUCGGCAGGUGCCACACCCCUCGAGGAGCUCCAGACAUGCGCGGCCGGCCUCGAUUGCCACAUCGAGCGUGCGUCCAUCGGCGUCGUCGAUGUCGUCGUUGGGCGCAGGCGCAGCAGGGCUCAACAGCGCUGAGACAGACCGGUGGUGGGAACGGGUAUUGCCACCAGGGCAGCUGGCCGAGCGCCUCCGUCGGGCGCAGGCCAUGACAGGCACAGCACCGUUGAGUGGCAGUAGCAGCAGCGGCAGCGGCAGCGGCAGUGGCAACAGCAACAGCAGCAACAACAAGCUGUCGUCGCCACCAUCGACGCUGCCACGGUCGGCGUCGGCGCUGCGCCACGCCACACCGACAGAGAAGGCCACUUGGAAGAACCUGGCUGGUCUGAGCCGUUCGUCGACGAUGAGCGACGUCGCACCGUCAUCGCGCGACACGACGACUCACUCGUCGCGCCGGUCCUCGAGGAGCAGCCUCGGCGACUACAGCAGCGGCAUCACGAGCAGCAGCAGCAGCAGUGGAAACGACGACAGCCCCAUCGACGGCAGGAGCCCUACGUUCCGCGACGAAAUGGACCUGCAUCCGAGCGCGGCUGCCUGGCUCGUCCACCAGCCCCAGUCCCAAGCGCAAGCACAACCCCCUCACUCCUUUUCACGGUCACAGAGCUGCAGGAGGACGCGGAGGCUGAGCGAGGACGGCAUGGGUCUCGGCAUUGCAGCAGCAGCAGGCAAGCAGAGCCUGCCACCGAGCCACCACGAGCUCGACGAACGGCUGCGCCUCUGGAGGGGCUUUGAGGAGCGGCCCUCGUCGUCCCGGUCCAGCUUUGGUCUCACCGAUACCCCCGAAGCGACGAGCGAGGAAGAGGAGCACGACGACGCCGCCUCAAACGCGAGCCACAAUACCAACACGACGACGACAACGACGACGACGACACGGACGACGAGGCGCCUGACGAGGACGAUCAGCACGACGAGCUAUGAGUCGUCGCUGCCAGCACAGACGACGGCGGCGGCGGCGGCCAGCCACCCCGCGGCCCCGGCGACCUCCCUAGCCGACAAGCGACGCUCGAUGCCCGUGCCGAGACGGCGGUCGAUUGUCGAGUCGAGCUACGACGGCCAGUCCCUGGCAAGCGGUCGCCAUGUCAGCUUCAACCGUGAGGUUGCCGUGAGUGGACAGCCGGGCCAGACACAGACCCUCGGCCGCUCCUUUGGGCGCAGCAGCAACGCCGGCCUCUCAGACACGCUUGCUGGCAGGAGCACCGUCUCGCUGCAUGACAUGCCAGCGUCGACGUCUUCUGCCAGGCAGCAGCAGCCACGGGGGAACCAGCCCGCGCAGCAGCAUCAGCAGCAGCAGCAGCGGGUCGACAACGACGUCAGGAGCCACGCUCGCUCGCACCUGCGCCACCAGCGCUCCAUGAGCCAGUCUGCACCCAACAGCCCGCGCCACUCGAUCCGUCUGCAGGACCACGAGCGGCCUCGCUUCCGACGAGGCGAGCUCGACGCGACGGUGCAUACACACCGGCCUGACGACGCAGGGAGCGACGUUCCCGACCUGGCGCUCCUAACGUCCCUCAGUGCUGCCUCGAACCACUUCAGCUCGGCAGGCCACCUCGCCCUGACGCUGACCAGGCAGCUGAGCGCACCCUUGCGCCCCGUCCUCCACGUCACCCUCUUCAUCGGCAUUUCGUCGGCCACCUGCCUGACGCUGAGCAUCUUCCUCAUCGCGAGCUACCUCCUCACCGUGUGGGACGAUGUCAACUCGCGGGGACAGAACGUCAAACGGCAGGUCGGUGCCGCGCGGCGCAACAUCGAGGCCAGCAUCAGCUGGAGCCGAAGGAUGCUCACCGGCGGCCCGGUUGACGCCCCCGAGCCGGAGCCCGUCUCAUCGUCAACACGGCCCAGUGGCGCGUCGAGUCGCAAGCGCACCACGUCGCUCAUGUCUGGUGUCGUCACUGCGCCCAUCAAGCUCGCCCUGGCCGUUCCCGCCACGAUUGCAUACACGCUCACGCCCACUGCCGUGUCGCAGUCCUUUGGUAUUGGUGGUGGAGGCAGCAGCGACACCGAGGGAGCCGACAAGAAGAGGAAGGACAGCACCGAGUCCUCUGAGCCCUAUAACCUCGAGACGGCCGCCAAUCCCUCUGCUGCCCCGGGCCGGGCCUCUUCGCCCAGGCCAAAGUCAUCGCGCACCUUACCUCCCCGGCCGCCGCUCUCGUCGCUUCUGCCGUCGAUCUUCUUCACGCUCCUCAUUGCUGUUGGCGCAGGUCUCGCCAGCUUCUUUGCCAGUCGCGCCGCCGCUGCUGCUGCUGCCGCUGCUGCUACGGCUGCCUCGAACCCUUCGUCGCCCGCGGGCAGCCACCCCGCGGCGGCGGCGGCCGCAGCUGGCAGCGCGCGGCACAGCGGCCACACACGCACCUCCAGCCUGAAGCGGCCCCCGUCGAGCAGCAGCAGCGCGCGCACACCCGCAUUGAUGGCUGGCAGGAGCAGCGGCGGCAGCGGCCUUGGCUCGUCGUCGUCGUCGGGUGCGCCUCAUGCGCCACCUGCGCCUGCCUCGUCGCCCACAACAGCCGACUCGGCCUACUUUCGCGCCUUUGACGUCUCAAGCGGGGCCGGCGCUCGUCUCUACUAG